UAUGUCAAAGGGAGGUUAUUCUUUCUACUACACCCCAUAGACAUACUAUAUAUCUGGGGACCAAUAACCUUAGAAAAUUUUGCCUGCCAAACUUUAUGUCGCCUGGAAUUCUGUAUCUGUGAAAUCCAGUGUUUCUUCUGCCAAAGGGCCACAGGAACAAGCGGGCUUCCUUUUUCGAUGUAGGCAAUGUCUCUGUCUCAGUAAGAAGUCGAACUGAGAAGUCGAUUUUAUUGAGUACUUCUAAAUCUAAGCCAUUAAAAGCCAGGCUAGGCCAAGACACCCAAGACAGACUGAGACAGCAGCAGUCAACAACACCGAAGAGUGGGAAGAACAGGUUGUUCAUUGUUAUCUUAUGACUGUCCGAGAGGUGUGCUUUCUGUCUGGGUUAACAGUUGUACUCAAACAGCUUUGAGAGGGACAAUCAAGUGAUAAGAACUGUUGCAAUGGAGACUGAGGGAGCUGUCGGCAGCAUUGAUGCAGAGGAAGGGAAAGGUGCUUCCGCUACUGCUUCAGAUGAUUCGGGAGAUGUCAUUCUCAGUGGUUCUGUGCAGGCAGGCAAAAAGUCUCUCUUGCUUGCACUUACAACAAAUGGAGUCACAGUUCAUGAGGUGCAAGCUGGAGAAAAAGUCAAAGACAGCAGCUUGAACCUGGACCUGCCAUGGUGUGAAGUCAUCACUGCUGAAACGUCAGGAGAAGGUGGGAAGUCAAAGUUUAGCAUCCAUUUCAUGCAGUAUCAGAAGGAUCGGAAGCUUCGGCACAAGUCGCUGACUUUGACCUCCCAAGACAUUGAGCCCCGCAAGUGGGCAGAUGCCAUUCAGACCCAGUGCCAGCAAGUUUCAGGAAGACCCAAGAAUCUGUUUGUCAUCAUCAAUCCCAUUGGAGGAAAUGGGAAGGGUUCUCAGAUGUAUCACAAGAGUGUGGCCCCAAUGUUCAAGCUUGCUGGAUGUCAAACUACUGUUGUUGAAACGGAGAAAUCAAAACACGCACUGGAAAUUGGAGAAACAAGGGACUUUACAGGCUUUGAUGGCAUCAUAUCAGUUGGUGGAGACGGACUGUAUCAAGAGAUUCUUCAGGGUUAUUUGGUUCAGCUGCAGAAAGCUGCAGGGGUCAACCUGAAUGAUAUAGAUGAAGAGUUUGUGAAGCCAAAAAUACCUUUCUGCUUAAUCCCAGCCGGUUCAUCUAAUGGAAUCGUGAGGUACACGAAUGAUAAUGUUAGAGAUGCUGAAACUUCUGCUCUUAGAGUCAUUCGAGGUGAGACUCAUCCAACGAGCAUCAUCACUAUUCAUGAACCGGGCAAGUUUAUCGGCAUCAGUGGUCUUGCUGUUGGUGUUGGUGCGAUGACAGACUUUAUGAAGCGGUGUGAUGAGCUCAGAUGGAUGGGGAAGUCGCGAUAUGGAUAUGGCAUGCUGAGAAUGUUUGUCAAAAAGAAAAGGAGAUUUCGAAUGCAAAUGGAAUAUCUCCUCGAUGGAGAGCCGUCUCCGAUUGUCAAGACAGAGGGUGCUCAGGGAGAUACAGAAAGCCUUGAAAUUAAGACAGGCUGGCAUCAGCAUGACAUUGAUGAUAAGCCGUAUGUAGGAGCCACACUGUCGACCUUCUCCGUUAAGGACAUGCCUGAAUGUACGGUGAUUGACCCAUUUAGUUGUUCCGGUGACCUCAUGGUAGACACUGGCUGCAGCAACAUGGGUAUCAUCAAGUAUGCCUUAAUGUUUGAAGGAAAAAAAAUCAAUGGGCCCAUUCCCAACAUUGAAUUUAUAAAAGGAGCAGUGGGAGUUCGCUUCAAAGUUAUUCAAGACCCUAGUGAGACGGAUGAGAAUGUUUCGCAAGCACGAGCGAGGGAACGAGAGAUGGAGCAUUACCUCUAUGUGGACGGGGAGGUCGUUCAGAUGGAGGGGCUGGAAGUGGAAGCCAGACUGAAGAAUGACUUUGUGUCCAUGUUUGGCUGCAUCGCCUCCCAGUUGAGGACUCCUCAGAAUGCCUCUUGAACUAGAAAGAGAAACCUGUGAGCUGUGAAAACCGAGCUGGAUCUGAAUGUUCAAUCAAAAGUUUUGAAUUUCAGAACUCAAAAGAAUCCUUGUUUUUAUUUCUAACUUCAAAGGUCUGUAUAUUACUGUUAAAUUAAUGGGGUCGAAUUUAAAGCAAGCUCAAUUGUUAUGAUGUUGUUCUCAUGAAGUAUAAACUUUACCCUUUCACCCAAAAUUUUUCUGUCUUUCAUGCUGUUUUGGAGAACUAUAUCUAUUUUGAACGGCUAAAUAAGAAUCUAAAAAUAUUUGUAUAAUGUAUGGUCUUUUGACUUAAACUGUGUUCAUGUCAUCCGAGUCACUCAUGUCACUUUUGUGCAGCUUGGAGGGAGAAGUUCAAAUGUGAGCCGGUCGGAGGAAAGCAGGAAUAUGUCAAUAAACCUGGAACUGAGAUGUCUGCAAAAAUAGUUGGUGUGGUCAAUUCUGGUUGAUUUUGCGUUAUACAUACCAGGGCAUUCCCCAACCCUUAAAAAAAAUCAUUCAAGAGCUGUUUCUUGUAAAAACCACUUUAAAAUAUCUUUUCUAAAUUUAUUUUCCAUUUGCAUUCAGAUAUUAAAAAGCAGUAAUGGUGUAGCUUUGAACACACUUUUCUCAGUUUUUUAAACUUUUUCACAUUUUGUUACCGUACUUCAAAAUGCAAUAUCUCAUCUUCUAGGAAAGAUAACAGAAAAAUUUUAAGUGCAUAAUAAUCCAAGUUUCAGAAAAGUGCGAAGGCUCAUAAUGGCCCAGAGGGGACAUAUUCCUGAUUUUUUUCAGACCGACUCACAAAUAUUAGACAGUCAUGACUUUGCCUUUGAUUUUGUUUUUCGAGUUCACAUUCAGAUGCCUCUUUGGAAAUAUACACAACCUCAAGAAGUUGGGAACCAUGUAGUGGCUCCUCAUAUGUUGCACUAUUUGACGCUGAGAGUCGUUUAUUUCUUUUUCUUCAUUCUAAGAAGGCGUGAUGAAUGCUUAUAUAUAUAUAUAUACCCAUGUUUUAUGAAGUCAGUGAAAGAAAAAGAUCAGUAGUAAUUUAGGAAACUGUUAAACGAGGGAAA